AAACGCAUCCUUUGAUAUGGAUAAUAGCCCCGCACUCCUCAGCCCAAGUCCUCCCUUCCCGCCUCCUCCCAGCCGGAGCUCCGAAUCCGAUGGUUGGUCCGCACUUGAAUACAUAGUGUCGUUUCUGGCUCUAGUCACCAUACCCACCUUGAUUUACACGUUCUUUUUUUUCUUGAAGUGCCCUCCGAUCCCGUCCCGGCGACACCACUGGCGAUCAGAGGCAUUCCUCGAGGAAUUGAGCAGCAGCGGCGGUGGGAAUACCGAUAAUGCGGAGGUGAUUUCUGAUAUCAAGUACCGAAAGGAUACCCACGUGAUAGACAUCGGAAGCGAGUGUCCGGUGUGUCUGUCGGAGUUCAACGACGGCGAAGAAGUCCGGCAGCUGAUGUCGUGCAAGCACUUUUUCCACGCUCCUUGUAUCGAUUUAUGGCUGCACUCCCACUCCAAUUGUCCGAUUUGCCGCGCUUCGGUUCCUCUCAAGCCCUCUAAAGUCUCGAUGCCUUCCCGCGAGGAAGAUCGCCGGGAGGCUUCGCCGGAUUCAGCCAGAUUGCCGUAACGGAAAAACUGGUUCCGGCAUCUUCCCCCUCCUCUUCUUUUCUUUUUGCUCCUUGUUUGGGAGUUGGGUCUGGGGCUGUUGAAGAGUGAGGAAAUCAGGCCCAAGUUGCCUGAUGCUUUGGCCCAAAGUGAGUUACAAUUGAAAUGGGCCCCAUCUAUAGUUUGGAGCUUUUACUUUAACACAUAUAUGUACACGGUCUGUUUCAUGCGGUGUGAGUUGAGUGGUACUUUUAAUUUCUAUUUGCCUUGUACUGUCAAUUUGCUAAUAAUUUUGGCGCUUUAGAUCUA